UGAAUUCUUACUCGGACCUUCGUUAUCAUCAUAUAUCGGAUCCUUCAUCCACGAAAACACCAUAUCAGAUCCCAUAUAGCGGCAACGAAUCUGACGGCUAAGAAAAAAAAAAACCGGGAGCGAUUGUUGGUUGGUUUAGUGACGAAUAUCAUAAGCACGUUCUAUUCCUCAAUUGCACGUUUCUCUCUCUUUCUCUCUCUAUAAAUAGCCAUGGAACCAGUGGCUUUUGCAUCGAGGAAAGACUCAAAGUCUCUUCGUUUGAUCUCUCUCUUUCUCUAACUUUUCUCGCUCGUUGGUUCUCUUGGUUUCUUCUAUCUUUGGCUGUUGAAGAUAAAUGGCAAGCACAGCUGGUAAAGUCAUCCGAUGCAGGGCUGCUGUUGCAUGGGAGGCGGGGAAGCCGCUGGUGAUUGAGGAGGUGGAGGUUGCACCACCUCAGGCCAUGGAAGUCAGGAUCAAGAUCCUCUACACUGCCCUCUGCCACACUGAUGUCUACUUCUGGGAGGCCAAGGGGCAAACACCCAUCUUCCCUAGGAUCCUUGGUCAUGAGGCUGGAGGGGUGAUUGAGAGUGUGGGAGAGGGAGUGACUGAUCUUCAGCCUGGCGAUCAUGUGCUGCCCGUCUUCACCGGAGAGUGUGGGGACUGCGCCCACUGCAAAUCGGAGGAGAGCAACAUGUGCGACCUUCUCAGGAUCGACCCGGACAGGGGCGUCAUGCUCGCCGACGGCAAGUCCAGGUUCACCAUUAGAGGGCAACCCAUCAGCCACUUCCUCGGCACCUCCACCUUCAGCGAGUACACCGUCGUCCACUCCGGCUGUGUUGCCAAGAUCAACCCAGAGGCUCCCCUUGAGACUGUCUGCAUCCUCAGCUGUGGCUUCUGUACUGGUUUUGGUGCAACUGUAAACGUUGCUAAGCCAAAGAAAGGCCAGACUGUAGCUGUCUUUGGCUUGGGUGCUGUGGGCCUUUCUGCUGUUGAAGGUGCAAGAUUUGCUGGCGCAUCAAAGAUCAUUGGAGUUGAUCUCAACCCUGCCAGAUUUGAACAAGCAAAAAAAUUUGGUUGCACAGACUUUGUGAACCCAAAUGACUAUGAAAAGCCUGUCCAACAGGUGCUUGUGGAGAUGACAAAUGGCGGAGUUGACAGGGCUGUUGAGUGCACCGGCAGCAUCCAGGCCAUGAUCGCCGCCUUCGAGUGUGUGCACGACGGUUGGGGAGUCGCUGUGCUGGUUGGAGUCCCUCACAAGGACGCAGUGUUCAAGACACACCCUGGAAACUUCCUGGUGGAGAAAACUCUCAAAGGAACGUUCUACGGCAACUACAAGACCCGCUCUGACAUCCCUGAAGUCGUCGAGAUCUGCAUGAGAAAAGAGGUUGAGUUGGAGAAGUUUGUGACUCACCGCUUUCCGUUCUCUGAGAUCAACAAGGCCUUCGAUCUGAUGCUCAGCGGUCAGGGCAUUCGCAGCGUCAUGAGCAUGGAAGAAUGAUGAUGAAGCUUCGAAUGGACACUGGAACGACGCUGAGUUCCAGGGGAUGUUGCCGACUGCGUUGAUGAUUUAGGGAAUGCACAUGAUCAAUGUCGCACUACUCAGCUUUGUUUGGUUUUUAUCUGUCGCAAAAUCAAAUAACCGAGCUUGUGUUGUUUUGCUUGCUGCAAUUUUGAACCAUAAUAAAAGC